CUUUGUUGACACCAUCACUCCCUCCUAGGUUCAAAUUAAAGAGGAGCACAACGUGUUUUACUUUUACCUAUUUUUACCUUUAUUUUUUUUAUUUUUAUUUUUUUUUUUUAAAAAAAAAACAAGGAUCCAAGAUAAGAUCGAUAGGAAUUCCGCAACAAUGGGUGAGGUUGAUGCCAAAAACUGCAUAGGACUGGACUGCAGAAAUCCAGCAGGCAGUCUACGAUGUCCGACAUGCCUUAAAAUUGGAAUAGAAAGUUAUUUCUGUUCCCAGGACUGCUUUAAGCGUAGUUGGGCUGAACAUAAAGCGAUCCAUAAAAGCAAAUCAACGUACGACCCUUUCCCGACAUACCCUUAUACUGGCAAGCUACGGCCAGUGUAUCCUUUGUCUCCACAAAACAAGGUCCCCCCCAAUGUUGUCCAGCCUGAUUACGCUAUUGAUGGAAUUCCACGCUCCGAGCAGAAACUUUUUGGCCGGAACAAUAUCAGAAUUCUUACCGAAAAGGAACAAGAUGGAAUGAGGAAGGUAUGCCGUAUGGGAAGAGAGGUCCUGGAUAUCGCAGCCCGUGAGAUUAAAGUGGGCGUGACAACCGAUCAUAUUGAUAAAGUCGUCUAUCAAGCGUGUAUGGAACGAAAGGCAUAUCCCUCGCCCCUGAAUUAUAUGAACUUUCCUAAGUCAGUGUGUACCUCGGUCAACGAAGUCAUUUGCCAUGGCAUUCCCGACCAACGGCCGCUCGAGGACGGAGAUAUCAUCAAUAUCGACAUUUCCAUAUACCAUGGUGGUUUCCAUGCAGAUCUCAACGAAACAUACUACGUAGGAGACAAAUCACUUGCGGAUCCUGACACAGUUCGCGUGGUCGAAACGGCGAGGGAAUGCUUAGACAAGGCUAUUGAAAUUGUGAAACCGGGAAUGUUAUUCCGUGAGCCGGGAAAUGUCAUCGAGAAACACGCAAAGAGUCGGGACUGCAGUGUCGUGAGAACUUAUUGCGGUCAUGGUGUAAACCAGCUCUUCCACACGGCUCCAAGUAUCCCACAUUAUGCGAAAAGUAAGACCGUCGGAUCGGCAAAGCCCGGCAUGUGCUUCACUAUCGAGCCCAUGAUCAAUUUGGGAAGCUAUAGGGAUAAGACGUGGCCGGACAAUUGGACCAGUGUCACCAUAGAUGGAAAGAAAUCGGCUCAGUUUGAGCACACUCUGCUGGUAACAGAGACAGGUGUUGAAAUUCUUACCGCAAGGCAAUCUGAUUCACCAGGUGGACCGGUCUCAAUGCCUUCUAUAUCCGGUGACUAAAGCAUGAAGAUCUAUUGCAUUAUUUUCCGAAACUAGCGACUCCGUCAUUUUCACUCAAAGAUGUAUCUUGUACUCCGUAGCCCUGAAAGUGAUUGACGAUGAUCCACUUAAAAUUUCAAUUUGUAUGUACUCCAUAUUCGGCUUCAA